CUUAUUUUUAUAAAUCAAAAAACAACAAUUUGCUGAGAAAGAGGAGAGGAGUUUUGAUUGUUUUCUUGCUCUUCACCUCCGAAUUGUAGUUGUCGUCUAAUAUACUUUCCUCUUGGUAUUUUGUGGAUUUAUAUCUCUAGGUUUUUUUUCUUUCUCUUGUUUCUUAGUGGAUUGUAUCUGCAAAGAUUUUCGGAGGGGAACUAAAACAUCCCUUCCCUAUGGCAGCAACCCUUUAUUUUGGUUUUCUUUCGGUAAAGAAUCGGAAGAAAAGCUGUAAUUUUGUGCCGAUUAUGGUAAUUUGGGUGAUUUCUGAAUUCUAGGUUUGGUGGUGUUGUAGAAGAAGCAGCUAGCCUAGCCCCAAGAAACAAGAGGAGACAACAAGCAAGCAACAAUUAACAGCUGUAUAAUCUUUGAAGAUGGCCGCCGCCUCAUCGUCCACACCAUUCUUUGGAACCAGGGAAGAAAUCCAAAACCAAAUGGUACAACAACAAUCAUCCACCACCACACCCACUUCUUCAACUGCUCCAACCACUGCAACUCAGAAGAAAAAGAGAAAUCAGCCUGGAACACCAAAUCCAGAUGCGGAAGUGAUAGCACUAUCUCCCAAGACUCUAAUGGCAACAAACAGGUUCAUUUGUGAGGUAUGCAACAAAGGGUUCCAAAGGGAGCAAAACUUACAGCUCCAUAGAAGAGGACACAACCUGCCUUGGAAGCUAAAACAGAAGACUACAAAAGAAGUGAAAAGGAAGGUUUAUCUCUGCCCCGAGCCCACAUGCGUCCACCAUGACCCGUCUAGGGCACUUGGUGACCUUACUGGCAUCAAAAAGCAUUACUCAAGAAAACAUGGUGAAAAGAAAUGGAAGUGUGAGAAGUGUUCUAAGAGGUAUGCGGUGCAAUCUGAUUGGAAAGCUCAUUCAAAGACCUGUGGCACUCGAGAGUACAGAUGUGACUGUGGCACUCUUUUCUCAAGACGUGAUAGUUUUAUCACUCACCGGGCCUUUUGCGAUGCACUGACUCAAGAGAGUGCUAGACACCCCACCAACUUAAGCACAAUAGGUAGUUAUCAUCUAUUUGGAAGUAAUCAUAUGAGUUUAGGACUAUCCCAAAAUCCCUCAUUGCAAGACCAGAAUCAACCUUCGAGUAAUAUGUUACGGUUGGGAAGCAAUGGAGCAGCAAAGUUUGAGCACCUCAUCCCUCCAUCAAAUCCUUCUUCAUUACAAAACAUGCCAACAUCCGCAUUCUUCAUGCCUGAUGCCGCAAACCAAGGUUUUAAUCAAGACCAUCAACCUCACCAUGGCCACGGACCAUAUCUAAACAAACCAUUACAUGGGCUUAUGCAACUUCCUGACCUUCAAGGCAAUACUAACAAUCCCCCCACAUCCACCAAUCCUUUCAAUUUAGGCUUCUUUUCCAAUAACAGUGCUGCAAGCAGCAUAAGUACCAGUGAAAAUGCCAGUGCAUCCUCCAACUUACAAAAUUCUGGAUUUUUAAGCAGUAAUCAGUUUAACAGUGGUAAUGGUGGUGGGGGUAGUGUUGGUGAUCAAAGGACAGAAAUGUUCACUUCUAACAUGGCUGAUCAGGUUGGUUCGGGACUCUCCUCUCUUUAUAGCACUUCAAUGCAACUUCAGAACAUUUCUCCACAUAUGUCAGCCACUGCAUUGCUUCAGAAAGCUGCUCAAAUGGGUUCAACUACAAACAACAAUACUUCGUCUUUACUAAGGGGAUUGGGGAGUUCGUCAUCAAGUGGGAAUAAAACCCAUAGGCCUGUUUUAUCAGCUAACUUCGGCAGUAAUUUUGGCGGUGGUGGUGGAGGUGAAACGCUAAGAUCAGAGAUGGAGAAUGAUAGCAAUAUUCAAGGACUAAUGAACUCUCUUGCAAAUGGAAACUCUUCCAUUUUCGGGGGCGCCGGCAACGGACAAGAUAGCAACUUCGGAGGGUUUAGUGGAACAGGGAUAACACUUGAACAGCAGAGCAAUAAUGCCAACUUUUGCAACGUUAACGUGGCUAAGUUGCAUCAAAAUCUUGCGGCGAGCAUAGGCGGGACUGAUAAAUUAACCUUGGAUUUUCUAGGUGUUGGAGGAAUGGUCAGAAACAUUGGUGGAGGGUUUUCGCUGAGUGAACGACAUGGGAUCAACAUUAGCUCUUCGAACCCCAACAUAAAGUCAUCAGCUCAAGCAGCAAGUCAACAAUUUGGAAGUGCAAAACUUGUCUAAAAAAACAUACCAGAUGUCGAGAUAGGUGUCUUGGCAAUCUAGCUUUAUAGGGUUAAUAUGUAGGGAAAAACUCUUCUUUUGAUUUUCUGAAUUUGACGGCACAUGAAUUAGGGCUUCAUUUCUAGUUCAGUAUUACCUUUACCGUAUGUACUUUUUUUUAUGUUGGAAAUUAUAAAUUUUAACCUUUUCCAUAAAAAAAUGGUUUUUUACUAAAAUUAUAUGUUUGAUUGAUAGCUACAUAUCUUUUUUCUAGU